AUGAAAAACGAUGAAACAUACCAACAGUAUCUCUUGGCCAUGAAACAAAUCGCUUUACAUGGAAAAGUCGAAGACGCAGCCCUAGUGGAAUAUGUUAUAGAUGGAAUCAAAGACCUGGAAACAAAUAAAGUUAUACUCUAUGGCGCUGCUGAUAUUAAGGAAUUUAGAAAGAAACUAGACAUCUAUAGUGAGUUCAGAAAGAAGAUGCAAACAAAACCAAUUCCAUCAACAUCACAGCAAGGAAAUCGAAUAGCACCUAGCCAAGAAACACCAAAGAAAAGAUGCUAUAAUUGCGGUGACACGGACCAUCAAUCUUCCACAUGCACCAAAGGAACCAAGUGCUUUAAAUGUAACGAAUUUCGGCACAAAGGACCUGAAUAUCCAAAUAAGUAUAAAAAGGCGUUACACGUCCUGAAAGAAGAGAAGGAAGAAGUACCAUUCAAGAAAGUAAAGAUAGAAGGAACCGAAGAACGAACACUGAUUGAUACUGGAAGUGACGCUAACCUGAUGACUAGAAUGAAUUUGAAAAUAUAA